CCCGAGACGCUUUUCCUUUGAGGUCUUCGGUUCCUGGGCGCCUUGACGUCACUUCCUCCUUAGCGGUAGGACGAGGAGAAGGCAAGAUGAUCCCGCCGGUGGAGGUUUCCCCGCUGAUCAAGUUUGGCAGGUAUUCAGCACUGCUCAUUGGGAUAGUCUAUGGAAAGAAAAGAUAUGACUAUUUGAAGCCUAUUGCUGAGGAAGAAAGGAGAAUAGAAGCAGAGGAGAAGAAGAAGCGUGAGGAAAUGGAACGAAUUGCAAAAGCACUGGCAGAAGCUAGCGACGAUUCAAUACUGAAAUAAACCUGCUUGAUCUUCAUCUUCACCUUUUAAUAUCCAAUGUAUGAAAUUUUGAAGUAGUUGAUCUCAAGUGUCAAACACAAACUUAUUUACAUCAAUAAACAGUUGCUGGAA